CCGGGUCAAGUACUUACCCUACAGCAUCUUUGCACUCCCUUGGCUGGCAACCCUGCCGUGUCACGAUUUCGAUGGAGGCGCCGCCGCCGUGCUGCUCCUGACGACUUCGAUGAAGACGCCGCAACUGCUAUUGCUCCGGACGACUUCGAAGAAGACGAAGACCGCUGUGUGCCGCUCCAGGAUGAAGACGUUAUUCUCUCCAUUAACGCUCACACAUGACUUGCUGCUCCAGGUUUGCUGCUCUAGAGGGUGGUUUUCCUCUUAUGCUACCAUUCGUGCCUGAUUUUGCUGAGCUAUUUCUCUUUCGAAGGAGUCAAGUUUCGGCCCGGCCAACACAGUUCAAAGAGGUGAAAUAAUGACACUGCCACCAACAUAGUUUUAAAUUUUUACUAAUAGUUUGUUGGUUUUUAAUCUUUUAUGUUGUUUGUGUUUUCUCUUUGAGAUAUUUUUAUUGGACAUGAAUACACUUUUAUCAAAAGUUAAUAAAUACUUUGCUAAUGUUAGUACAUUCCAAUUUUUUGGCCCCCGAAAAGAUUUAAGAUGUCGUUGUUUAUGCGUGUAGUAUGUUUUACUUCAUAAUUUCGUACUUGCUACUGUAUGCUCAACUUACAAGUGUCGUGAAUAUGAAAGGAACAAAGGAGGAUGCUGACAUGUUGUGUGCAUCUUUUGCUAAUUUUCUAAACUCGGUGACAUUUUUGAUUUUGUAUUUUCCUUUUGGCCAACAUGAGGUUAUCUAAACAAGGGAAGAAGUAGUAUGCGGUUUAUAGUCUUUGUUGCUGUUGCCAUUCUUUACCUUAGCAAUCUUAGAAAUAAUAAUUUAAUAGACACAUUAUGUAUUGGAUUAACUAUGAAGUUCAGAGAGCCUUUGUCAGAAAGCAACAACCCCUCUUAUUUGAGAAACAACCACAAAACACACUCUGAUGCAUCAGAUGACUUUGAUCAUUCUGAUGAAUCCUUCUUUUCAGACGAUUUUCUAGGGCAUGCAUCUGAAACCGAUCGUCGACCCCCUUUAUCUAACCGGGAAGAAAUUAAGAAGUCAAAAGUGAAUCGAUCGAUUUGCCGCAAAUCAAGGUUUGUCAACUCAGACAACUAAUGGCCAACAGAAAAUCUUAACACACAACUCAAAAUCUACAGGAAAUCUCAGAAGAACAAACAACGUCACAGCAUGACGACCAGAUCCCAAUCCAGAGAUUUUCCUUGGGGCUAGUUUCUUUUGUCUUUUAUGUGUUUUUUUCCCCUUUCUGUAUUUUUUCUUUUAUUCUCUUUAUGCACUGUACUUUUUACAUUAUUUUUCAAUAAAAUCGUUUUCUUCAAAAAAAAAUCAUGUAUUGGAAUGGAGGAUGAACAACAUUAGGUCCAUAUGUAGAUAAGGUUAUGAUUAAUAUGCUUAGAACUGAUUUUUGACAUGGAAACUGGUAUUUUGCCAAAUAGUAUUCUCUCAUCUACAUCUCCUAUGUAAUUAUGAUUAUUAGCUUCUCAAGUUUAUCAUAUCUCUCCUUUAUACGUGACACACACACACAAACUAAUUCUUCAUUGAGCCUAUUUUCAUCACUCGCCAUUUCAAAAUUUGGGAGCAAGAAACAAAAUUUGAAGUGUGAAAUUACAGUUUGAAAAAGCAUCACAUUUUUCUGAUAUCCCAUAUCUAAUUGCAGGGACUGUAGAUUGAUUGGUACCGGACAGAAAUUUCAAGUCCUAAAUCAAAGAAUAGGCUUCAGUUAAUCAUUUAUUCAGUCAAUGAAGCCAGUUGAUGAAGGAAGAUUUGCCCCUUAAGAUGCCUCUUUUGCGGUUCUGCACUUUUGCCCUUUCGGCCUUCUCAACUUCUGGGAGUUAUAGAAAUAUGGAAGCAGCUAAAAACAUGCAGAGAAGAAACGCCAAGGAAAUAUGGAAGUAGCUAACAAAUAUGGCUUGUAUUUUAAGAUUGAAUCGUAUUCUUUGAUUAAAUUUUGUAAACUCCAUACUAUACAUGAUGGAGUAUAUGGGUCUGGACCCCAUGACCCACAUACUCGGAAGAACAGAAGGUACCACGACCAUCUGGUGGGACCCUCGUCGGCCAGAGGACCUUCAUCGACCAGAAAGAAGUCUACUCAGAAUACGGUCCAGGAGCCAGGAGAACCGGGUGACCUCGUCGGCCGGGUCUUUGUCGGCCAUGCCCUCGUCGGCCGUGCCCUCAUCGGCCACGAGCGGCCCCCAGAAUAGGAUCUUAUACUUAAUUAUUUCUACAUCUCUUGUACUCGGUCCAAUAGUGGCCCUAUUGUAAAUGGGCCUCCCAAGCCCAAGACUUGGGAGCCCAGCCCUAAUUUUUCCUAUAAAUACUCCCUUUGGGAGUAGUUGUAAGGGUUCACAAAAUUCAUUAAUACACACCAAAUAUAGAACUUCUCUCUCUAGCUUUCCCUUCUCUCUAAACUUAUAGUCUA